AUGGAAAGGGUGAAGCAAAACGGAGCGUUAGACAGAGAGGCGGAGAUAAUGUGGUUGUGCAGAGAGAAUUAUUACAACGAAAUGUGGAAACGAGCAAAGGAAUCUUGCACCGUUUAUCCAACGAACGAGGUGUUGAAAUUGUUGUACGCCAUGAGCCAAGCCCUCGUCGGAAAAAUAGACGAUUCGAUGCAGCAAGUACUAGAAUUUGUGUCGGAGACAAGUUCAUCGGAGUCAAGUUUAUUAGCCGCACUUUUGGUGCAGAGUAUUGCACUUCGAAUGGGGGGAAAUACGGAUCGGACGAGUCUGGCACGAAUAGACGCUCGCAUAAGAGAUGAGAGACGAAGAGGAUCGGCGACUGCUUUGGCGAGAGGUGCGAUGGUGUUGUUUUUGUUCAAGAAAUUCGACAGAGCCAGAGAAUACGUAGAAAGAGCUUGUAAACUCGAGCCGAGCGAUAAAAACGUUUCAGUGAUCGGAGCCUGGGUUUAUUUGCACGAAGCAUCAGCAAAAGCAUCGAGGAACGAAAACAAAGCUUUGCUUGAUCGAGCUCGCGAAUUGUUGAGAUCAGCUGGCGACGCUCCCGAGGAUUUAAACGUUACACUGGCAUUAGCAAAACUCGAAGAACUGAGCGGUCGUAACGACCAGGCGAUUGUCCUUUUGAGCACCCUCAUCGUUCGAUAUCCAAAACUGUCUCUUCCACUCGUCGAAAAAAUGCACAAUCAAUUAGCGAGCAAAGAUUGGGACGAGGCAACGGAGAGUGCCGAGCGAAUCUUUUCGAUCGAGCCUAAUUCUAUCGACGCGAUAAAAGCUCGAGCAAUCGUGACGAUUUGCAGAGAAGGUGAUCUCACGUCGGGGCUCAAAAAUAUUCAAACUUUCUUUCGCCAUUUGAUGGCUGCGGAGCCCAAAAAUUUUGACCUCAUACUCGACUGUGUCCAACUGUUUUCUCGCGUUUCGAAUCGAGAUUCUGGUAUACUGUCCGAGCUGUUGAGAAUCACCGAAAAAUUGAUAGAUCAGAACGAGAAAAGAUGGCCGCGGAUGAUGGUCGAGCUUGGCAAUCUGUAUGUUCUUGCUGGACGAAUUGCGGAAGCAGAACGUUCUUACAGAGACGCAGUUCGCUUGGACGAAUCCUCCUUCGCUGCUCUCACAGGAUUGGCCAAUUGCCAAGUUAUCGAGAGCUCAGCGAAUCCAACAUCGAUAAAUCUGGCACGACAACAGAUUGAUUUUCUCAAGGAAUUAACCAGCGAGGCGAACAUCAUUGACAACGCGAUGAUUGAUUUCAUGUCAGCUAAACUCUUUGCAACCGAGCCGACCAAAGCGUUGGAUUACUUGGCGCGUACAGUUUCCGGUAUACUUGAAAAUCUCCCAGCCCCCGGGUCGGAUCGAGACGACGCUUUUUCUCCUCAUCGGGGCUAUUAUCGUUAUCUCAACGACUUAAAUCCUGUUUUUUGUCUUGACAUUGUCGACGAGUAUCUCCUUCAUUGUCCCUGUCGGUUCAUCGUCGACGCCGAGACGGAUGUCGACGGACUGGAAAACAUGAACGAAAACGAAAGGGAUUUGGUUUGCUCGUUGCUCCAAAAAGUCGUCGACGCUUGUCCAGGUAUGGGAAUCGCUCUUCUCAUGCUUGCCAAAGUCAGGAUUCAAACUGGAUUCUUCGAGGAUGCUCUCGUCGCACUGAGGAAGCUUUUGGACAACGUUGACCCCGCCAAUUCAGCCGGCCAUUUGUUGACUGCUCAAAUUCACGCUCAUCAGGCUCAAUACGAUCUCGCUGAGCAGAGUCUCGAGCUCGGACUCAGCUUUGAUUUUCGAGUUCGCGACGAUCCUAUGUAUCACCUGAUAUCGUCGAUCAUCGAUCGUGAAAAAGGUCAAACCGAGUCUCGAAUAGCGAGCCUCCGACAAGCGAUCAAAUUGAUCGAUGACCGUGUCUCGUCGUCCCUCACCGCUCCCAUCUCCACUUCUGACAAAGCCACUCUCUACAUUGAACUCGUCGAUGCUUGCAACAGUCUUGGACAAUUUGACGAAGCCAUUUCUCUCAUGGAACAAGCAAGAGAUUUGUUCGGACGAAGCCUCGAAGAAUCGCGACUCGUCAUCACCAAUGCUGAAAUUUACCUUCAAAUGGGCGAUAUCGAUCAGGCUGUCAAAUGUCUUCAAGAAAUCCAACCUGGCAAGCCCUAUUAUCUUGAAGCUCACACGAAGUUGGCCAACAUUCAUUUGGAACGAAGAAAAGAUCGGCAAGCUUUUGCCAAGUGUUUCAGGGAGCUCGUGGAACAUUGUCCAGGUCCAAGAACUUACAGCAUGCUCGGGGAUGCUUAUAUGGCGAUACAAGAACCGGACAGAGCAAUCGAGGCGUACGAAGAAUCGCUAGCGAAAAAUCCACUGGAUCGAAGAUUAGCAGAAAAAAUGGGCAAAGCCUUGAUCAAGACCCACCAAUAUGCGAAAGCCAUCGCGUAUUAUCGCGAGAUCGUCAAAAACAAAACUUGUUCGGAUCUCAAACUCAAUUUGGCCGAACUUUACAUGAGUGUCAAGCAAUUUGACAAAGCAGAUCACGUCCUCGUUCAAGAGCUCCAAGACUCUAGAGGAGCGAACGAUUUACCGAGCCUCGAGAGACGGGGCCGCCACUUGAUGUUACUCGCGAAAGUCCGCGAGAGAGCAGGAAACUUGCAAUCGGCUUUAGUGACAUUGAAAGAGGCCAAGGAUAAUCAAAUAAGAUGUCUUCAACGUGCUCCCGUAGGGGCGACCUCGAUCGCAACACAAAAACAAACAUUAGCCAUUAUUUGUCUCGACAUGGCCGAACACGCUUCCGCCCUCAGAGAUUAUGAUCAAGCUAUAGAUCGCUACAAGGAAGCUUUGAGUUAUAAACCGGCUGAUAUCACAGCUUUACUCUCUCUGGCUAAGCUUUACAUGCAGGUCAACGAUUUAGAUCGCUGCGGACAAAGUUGCAUGGCACUUUUGAACGCAGAUCCAGAAAACGAGGCAGCUUCAGUCAUGAUGGCCGAUCUUGCAUUCAGGAAAGUUGAUUUUGAAACAGCUGCGUUUCAUUUUCGUCAACUGUUACUUCGACGCCCAACUUAUUGGACCGCCUUGGCACGAUUAAUCGAAGUUUCUCGCAGAACUGGUAACAUGAGUGACCUCGAUGAAUGGUUGAAGCGAGCCGCCGCAGCCACUGACGGUUCAAAUCGCGAAGCUGGUUAUUAUUAUUGCUCUGGUCUUUUGGACUGGCGAUCCGGUAAAUUGAAUUCGGCUCUUCGAAACUUCAAUUGCGCCCGUCGCGAUCCCGAAUGGGGCCAACAAGCGAUUUACAAUAUGAUAGAGAUUUGCCUCGAUCCGGACGACGACUCCGCUUUGUCCAGCGAGGCUUUCAAUGACGACGACGACGCUGAAUAUCACGAUUCGCGAACAAUGGCGCUCAAAACAGCUCAGAGAUUACUUUUGGAAUUGAGUCCGAAGGGGAACGCCCAUGAAAUGUUGACACAUCGAUUGCUCGGUGAUUUUUUUCUGCUGGCUACGAAGCAAAAGAGUAAUAUCGAGAGGGCUUUACAAGAUUGUACAAAUUUGGCGAGCCAGGAAAGUCUCCGCGAUCACGUUGGUCCAGCUCUUGGUCUCGCGAUGGCUCAUAUAUUGAUGAAGCAAACGCCGAGAGCUCGAAAUCAUCUGAAACGGGUUUCAAAAAACGUUUGGACUUUCGAGGACGCGGAAUAUCUCGAGCGUUGCUGGCUGCUCCUUGCCGAUAUAUACGUUCAAUCGAGCAAAUACGAGCUCGCUAAUGAGCUACUGAAACGCGUCUUACAGCACAACGCUACUUGCGUGAGGGCUCAUGAACUUUCGGGACACAUUUCCGAACGAGAACAAAAUUAUCGUGAAGCUUCGAUCCGCUAUGGCCAAGCCUGGAAAUACGGUGGUAAAGCGAAACUUUCCAUUGGUUACAAACUCGCUUAUUGCCACUCCAAAUGCAAAUCGUACGCUGAUGCUAUCAAAGUAUGCCAUGAAGUUUUGCGACAAAAUCCUGAUUUUCCGCGCAUUAAAAAAGAUAUCUUGGAAAAGUCGAUCAACAAUAUUCGUACAUGAGUGUCUUAUAAUAUUUUACGUUUGACGUGAAUAUUCGAGUUUUUUAUUCAACAAUUCUAAAUAUAGGAAUACUAAGAUAUUUUUUAGAGCAAAUUUCAACGGAAUUGAGCAAGCUGAUGACAAAUCUUCAUAACUAAAAGUUAUCGAAAUUGAGGUUCCUCGAAUAAAACAUGAGUACACAACUGUGUACAUACUGUACCGUCCAUAUUUAUAAUGCAAUUCGUACUUUGUAAUAGUUUCACUAAUAGUACGACAGUAGAUGUAGAGAAAAUAGAAUAGUUCUCGCUUUAAAAAAACAUGUCAUCAAAUAUAAUAAAGGAUUAAUUCAA